CUCAUAUUUAAUGGAUAUGUAGGUUAUCUUCACACAAAAGUAUACGUACCUUCAUCCAUGCAAUAUGUCAGGCGAUAAUUUUGAAAUCACAGAAGAACGUCUAAAGGAAUUUAAUGACAAUGGGUUUAUCAUUGUCAAAGGGUUUUUUGACGCAGAGGAAAUUCGCAAAUUAAAGAAAUGCUUUGAAGACACCGAGGAAGUGGUGAACAAUAAAAUGAAAGUAGAUGACAGUUUAGGAAAAGAGGUAAAUCUGACGGUUUGGAGUCAUCCUGGAAAUGACGUCACAGGGAUGGCAGCAAGGUCUGAAAAAGUCACCAAUGCAGUGGAGAAGUUACUUGGAGGAUCCGAAAUUUACCAUUACCAUGGGAAGUUGAUACAGAAGAAUGCCAAGUCAGGUGGGACGUUCCUGUGGCACCAAGAUUAUGGUUAUUGGUACAAAAACGGAUGCCUCUUUCCAGAAAUGAUUACAGUGUUUCUUGCAUUGGACAAGUGUGAAAAAGCUAAUGGAUGCUUGAAGGUUCUGAAAGGCUCACACAAAUGUGGUCGUAUACAGCAUAGCAUGGUCGCUGGUCAAACAGCAGCAGACAUUGAUAGAGUGAGAGAAUUGAAGAAGAAAUUGGACUUGGUAUAUGUCGAAUUAGACCCAGGAGAUGCUCUGAUUUUCCAUUGUAACCUGCUUCACUGCAGUGGAGCGAAUGAGUCGGACAGACGGCGAUGGGCGUACCUUAUGUGUUACAACACCCGUAAUAAUAACCCAGUGAAAGUUCAUCACCAUCCAUGCUACACUCCUCUGCUUAAGGUUCCAAAUUCUGCCAUCAAAGAAUGUGAGAACUACACAGAUUUUACAGGGAAAAAAUUCAUGGACCCAAAGGAAAGUUCUACAUCAAAAGCCAAGUAAAUUUGGUGGAUAUUUGUAUAGAAUCGCCAACUGAGUAGGGGGGAAAUGACAAACGUAUUUACAUCAGAUAAUGCAAUUUUUCAAUAUUUUGUGUGAAAAAGAACUUGAUGUACUGAUUAAAUAAAUGUACAAAUCCUAGAUUAGAUAGUAGAAAAGUUAACCAUAUUCAGGUUGAAAAUGUUCAUGUAUACAGCAAGAGCGUUUAGAGAAAAGAAUCCCCACAAGAAUGCCAGAUCGCUUCCCAUCCAAAGAUCACUUCCAAAAUGUCAUCAAGUCAUCAUAACUAAAAUUUCAACGAAAUCCAAUCGAUUAUAUAUACAUAUUCAACUGUUUUCUCUUAUACCCGAUAUAACACUAUUACGAGCAAUACGUAUCUAUCACUGUAUAAAUACCUAUACGGGGUCAACAGAGGUCACGGCCGUGCGUAUGAACAUUUGUUAAAACGUAGGUUAUCGGUGCAUGUACUACUUUUGCUAAUGUAAUACAAAUCUAGCCAUCGCUUCAGCUUAUUACAGAAGUCUAUCAAUAGAUGAAAUCAACAUCACAAAAUGUAUUUAUGAUUUUAUGUGUAUUCCAAGCAGUGGACUUUCAUCAAUAAUAAACACAUCUCUGUAAAACAAUGUC